AUGACAAUAUUGAACAGCUUAGAGGAAUUUCUUGAAGGAGAAGAACAAGAAUCCAGCUAUGAUUCUUCAUCCCAAUCGACCCCAACCGUGGUUGCAAAUCAUGCAAUUGAACCCCCAUACUAUGCUCCAAUGAGAAGUUCCAAUACUUGUGACAAAAUGAUUCUCACACAACCAACUCCCAUCUCCAGGUCACCAUUUCCUUUAAUUUCGAAAACAAAUUUAGGUCAGUUUAGAUGUGAUUCUUCAUACAAGAGUACCCACAACACCAACACCAAGGUAGUAAGUCCACCACUUAGUAGAAUCGAAUACAACAACUACCAACUAAACAACAGAAUUUCCAACAAUACGAACGAAGACAUGAUUCGACCCAAUUAUGAUAGACCACAAUAUCCUGACUGUAUCUACAGGAACGAUCCAAACAAUAAUCCCCAAUUUAACUACAACAACCAGCACUACGCUAGUCAACUGAACAAACUUUCCAGGAAUGCGCUAAAUCAUCUUGAUGAGAAUUCAUACAGCUACAACCCACAAUUCAAAGCAAAUGUGUUGCCAGCUAAACUAAAUGUUGGUGUUUUACCACCUAGUCAAAGAAGUGUAUUUUCCUUCGAACAGUUUAAUCAAAUGCAAACCCAAUGUUUUCCUUCAAUCUACAAUUCUUCCAAUAAUUGUGUUAUAAGUUCACCAACUGGUUCUGGUAAAACAGUGCUAUUUGAGUUAGCAAUUUUGAAAGAAUUUAGAACAGCAUCGAGUGAAACUUGUAAUUUUAAAGUUCUAUAUUUGGCUCCAACAAAAGCAUUAUGUAGUGAAAGGCAUGAUGACUGGACUAAGAAAUUCAAGGACUUGAAUAUUACAGUGGGAAUGCUAACUGGAGACACCAGCUUUAAGGAAGCUGAUAAUGUGAGGAAAUCAAAUAUCAUAAUCUCAACGCCAGAGAAAUGGGACAUGAUAACUAGAAAAUGGGUUGAUUAUAAGAAGUUGUUCGGGUUUAUCAAACUACUAUUGGUGGAUGAGAUUCAUAUCUUGAAGGAAUCUAGAGGAUCUACUUUGGAAGUUGUAAUAACUAGAAUGAAGCGUAUUUGUGUCGGGUUGAGAAUACUCGCAAUUUCAGCAACAGUUGCAAACGCACAUGAUAUUUCAACUUGGAUAAAGCAAAAUGAACUUUCGGACUUACCAGCAGAGACUCAUUGUUUUGGUGAAGACUAUAGAGCCGUUAAGUUAGACAAAAUUGUUUACGGAUAUAAACCCACUAGUGAAAAUGACUUUCAAUUUGAUAUGAUCUUAAAUUCAAAACUAAUAGAAGUUAUCAACCUACAUUCAAAGAAUAAACCGGUGUUGAUUUUCCGUCCAACAAGAAAUAGUUCUCAAGCAACAGCCAAAUACCUCUUGGCCAAUAUGAACAACCAUGCACCUCUGGAAACUAAUUUAAAAUUAAAAGACAAAGAGCUACAUAAUCUUGUUAGAAGUGGGAUGGCAUACCAUCACGCCGGGUUAGUAUACGCCGAUAGAAAACAAAUUGAGACUGCUUUUUUAAGCGGUAAAAUAAAGUACCUUUGCAGUACAUCCACUCUCGCAGUCGGAAUUAACUUGCCCGCUUAUCUUGUCAUUGUCAAAGGAACAAAAUGUUGGGCAGAUGGUUUGUUUAAGGAGUAUUCGGAAACUGAUAUUUUACAGAUGCUUGGUAGAGCAGGACGACCCCAGUUUGAGGAUGAGGGUGUUGCAGUAAUUAUGACCACAGCAAAAUUGAAACAAAAAUACGAACGCAUAGUUAAAGGAACUGAAAAGAUAGAAAGUAGCUUACACUUGAAUUUUCCUGAGAAUCUUGCUGCAGAGAUAUCAGUUGGGGCAAUUAAGAAUCUAGAAGAAGCCUUGCUGUGGGUCAAAACUACAUAUUUAUAUGUUCGAUUUAUUUCAAACCCAUCUUACUAUAUACCUUCAUUGGGAAUCAAAUGUAUUUCUCCAGAUGAAGAAGAAACAUUGCUUCAAUUUUGUCGCUAUCAUGUUGAUGCACUUCUUACUGAGAAACUUGUUAGGGUAGAUAAUCAACAAAUUUAUCACAGCACACCAUAUGGAUACUCGAUGACAAUGCAUUAUAUCAUGUUCGGAACAAUGAAAUCAUUAAUAAGAUCCAAGCCAUAUCUAAAUGUUCCUGAUAUUCUUGAUUUGUUAGCGAAAUCUUCCGAGUUUUCGGAUUUCAAAUUAAAAAUGCAGGAAAAACGGCUAUACAAAGAAAUAAACUCUUCUCCAUUGAUACGAUAUCCGUGCAAGUCUAAAGAAAUGCAACAUUUUGACAAAUUAAAGUUAAUAAUACAAUUCGAAUUGGGCGGACUUGAAUUUCCAAAUUACACUGGUGCAAUGAAAUUACAUUCUAGUUUUUUGGGGGACAAAAUUUUGAUCUUUAAGCAAAUUCAUAGAAUAAUUAUGGCAAUGAUGGAUGUCUUUGUAGAAAAGAAGGAUUCCUUAUCACUAAAAAAGCUGAGUUAUCUAUAUCGAUGUGUAAAUGGUAGAUGCUGGGAGGACUCGCCAAAUGAACUUAGCCAACUCGAUGGAGUGGGUCUUGCAAAUAUGGCCAAAUUUGUUAAUCAUAAUAUUUUGAGAUUAAAAGAUGCAGAUGAGUUAAAUUCGAGCCAGAUAGAAUACUUUCUAGGAUUGAAAAUGGGAGCUGGAAAUAAAAUAAAGAGAAAUCUUCAAUCGAUACCAAGGUUAUCGUUGGAAUUACAAUUUGAGAGGGAAGAAUUAGAACCCAGUGAUGCGUCAGUGAAAGUCACUUUCUCCGUCAUCAUUAAUAUUUCAAACCCAAAUGCGUGUUCCUCGUGGAAAGGAAAGCCAGUAUAUAUACAAGUUCUAACUGACACAAGCAACGGCAAGUUAUUAGAUUUUAGAAGAAUUCCGGUUUUCAAGUUCAAUAAUGGGGACUCUAAGAGAUUCCAAGUUGUCGCAUCUGUUACAGACUUGGAUUGUCAUUUGCUUUGUGAAGCUUCCGCUGAGAAUAUUGCAAGUGUAAAGCUUGAUCAAACCUUCUCCUUGAAGUCCAAAUUGAGUAGUGAAACACGUUCAAGAUUUAUACAACCAGAAGUAUUGGAAUUCGAUGAUGACUUUGAAUUUAGUGAUCUGGAAGAAGAAAAGGUCAGCAACAUUCAGCUUUCAAAUAGGACAGAUAACACAUCAAUUGAAAGUCAACAGACGGUUGAAACUCUAAACAAGGCUCCUAUUACUACCACUCAGACAUCGACGCAUCAUUCAGAGGCAACGCUGGGACCUAGAAAACUUCUUCCUAAUGGCAACUAUGAGUGCAAUCACUUUUGCAAAGAUAAACUUACUUGCCGGCAUUUUUGUUGUCGUGAAGGUUUACCACCAAAAAAUGUUCCAAAGGCUUCUGAUCACAAGCAGCUGCAAAAUAAAUUUUCGCAAAAUUUGCAACCAAAUUUUAUUCCAAAUAGGGAAACACUUGGCGACAGACAUGAAGUUGAUACAUGCAAUCAAUUGGAAACACAGAAAAACCAUACAACGAAUGAUAGUGAUGCAAUUAAACAUUCUGAGCGGUCGAUUCAACUAAAUCCGACAGUCUCUGCUAUAAGGUCAUCAACGGAAUCUGUUGAGAUUGCACAAAACGACCAGGAAGAAACAAUUGAAAAAGUGGUAACACAAAAAGAGCCUGAAAAAAUAAAAAAAAAUACAGAAGCCUUGAGGCAAAGUCUAUUUAUGCCAUCUGAUUCAGAUCACUCGCAAAAUGAAUACAUUCCAAAUACUCAAGUAACCAAUAUACCGAUAUUAUCCCAAAGGGAAACGAAAAAUUCAAAACCAAUUAAGAAAUCAAUCUUUGACUCUAGCGACUCCGACUCCGACUUUGGCGUCCUCAAUAUUAUCAAGAGUUCACCAAAGCGCAAAAGAAGAAAAAUAUUUACAAUAGCUUCCCCAGAGAAGACUAAUGCUGCAAGAAUGAGCGCUGUGACUACUAAAGAGAUACCAACUUCAACUAAACUUGUCCAAUCUUCCAAUCCACAGGAUUCGGACGACUCUUUGAUCGAAGUUGACGACAUUGGACUAAAGCUAGAUAAGUAUCGGUGCUGUACACCAUUGCACAUCUCCAUUACGGGAGAGGAUAAUGCUACUACACUUUACACUGAAAGCGAACAGGGUGAUAUAUUUCCACAAUUAAAAGAUGUAGUUUCAAAUGAAGAUUACAAACCAGCUGAACAAGAAGCAACAACUAUACACCCUAUAGACUUCCAAAGGGAAGCUUUGCAAGAAAUACUUGGGUUUGACAUUGAUCUCGAUAUAUAG